CAUAGAGAAUUAUGAUAUUGUCCCUAUCAUAUUCGGAUUGCACAUGCAUGUGGACGGACAUUAUCUCAGCUAGAAGGACAAAGAACGACAACAACAUCAGCAGCAAUGGCAGAUGGUAUCAGAGAUGGAAAAGGCAAAAUUCUUAGAAACACUGAUCCACUGUUUACCAAUAUUGCUGAAAACUACCCACCUGGCAAAUACACAUCAUUCUGCAAUGAGUUUGGAGUUGGAUACAACUCAGCUGAGCAAAUAAGAAUUGGAAAAAUGGGAAAUCAAACGGCAGCCUUGAAACAAGUAUUGAAUAAUUGGUUAGACGAGCGACAAGGUGUGACCAGAGCAAAGCUUGAAUCGGCUCUAACAAAGGCAAAAACUGGAGGACUCCUACACUAUGUCGAGAAUAAUUUUGAAAAAUAUGCAGUAAAGGAACAAUCAGCUGAAGGAGAUAAAAGUGAUGUCCAGGCUAACAACCAAGCCACAGCAUCCAGGGCUGCAGGUCAAAGCAUCGCUAUGACAGGCAACACUUUCAGUGUGACUAAUAAUUUUGGCACUGGAAAUGGUGAAGAUAGGAAGCGAAGAACCGAUGAACAUGAUGCCGGACCUUCUCACAAGAAGAAAGCAAAUGAAAAGACCAUGUCUAUGACCACACGACAUCGCACGAUUCUCGAGAAGAGUGCUCCUGACAUCCUGAAUGAUCUGAAAGCUGACGAUGUACUACCACUCCUGUUAAGGGAUCGAGUAAUCACAACGGAUGAUGCCGAUGAAGUAAAAACUAAACCAACCAGGAGGGAGAAAGUCGCUGCCCUCUUAGAUAUCUUACCAAGACGAGGAGAUAAAGCCUAUGCAUCCUUCCUGGACAGCCUGAACGAUACCCAAGGUUCGGCUCAUCUCCAUGAGUCUGUGAAGGAAUGUGAAGAGGUGUAUGAUCAAGAGCAAGAUGUGCCUACUAGUCAAGGUGCAGAGCGUUUGACGAGUUCUAAUCAGCCUUCACGUGGUGGAAACACUCAAUCGGGUUCCAUAACGAUCAGGGCAUCUGAAAGUGCGACCGUCCAGAAUAAUACGGUUACUGGGCAGGUUAACAACUAUAGAUAGGAAAAUGGUGGCAACCGGCUUUAUACAAAAUAUGUACUGUCUUGAGAGGUUCUGGUUGAAACUAUGGGCAAGAGGUGACUCCAAUAUAGUAUUAUUUGCUGAGGGGCGCAGCCCCGAAGCAAACGGUACUAUUGGAGUCACCGAUCGAGGCCCAUAUUUGUAACCAGUAACUCGAAAAGAAGGCAGGGUAUCUUUGUUUUAUACCCUCCAUAUUUCUGGUCACUUGAAGAGCUCUCAACCAAUCAAAAACCAUGUAUAGCAAUGACUUGAAUACUUUUUUUCUCGUUUUGUAUAAUUUUUACUCAGCUCUCGCGCCUCCAUUUAUUUUCAGUACCUAAGGUUAGAGUUGCGAUAGAGUGCAAGUGCAUAAUAAUUAUACUGAUUGGAGCACUAAAUGAUUUUAUUUAGAAUUAGAGUACAAUGUUAGAGCAGGCUCGAGAUCGUGUUUGAUAUAAAGAAAAUUAAUAGGGAUUCGUGUCUGCCUGAAUUAUAACCAAGUUGAUUUGGGGAAAUAAAAUCAUUCACAUUUCAUGAAUCUGACAGGAAACUUGUCAGAAAUGGUCAGUUUCAUUGUAUUAUGCGUAAAUUAUUAGUCCGGUAGUUUUACCGACUAUGGACUUUACUCGAAAAAUAAUCAAACAAAACACUCUCUUAGCAAUUGUCUAAUUUCCUUCUAUCAUGACCAUGUUUUGAUAUUACAGAACAAAUUAAGGCAUCUAAAUGAUGAUUCAUUAUCAGGGGGCAACUGUCAGGGGGGUCUUGUAAUGUUCACAUCCAAUAUUGCAUGUUAUCUUAUUUUAUUGUAGAAUUUUGUUAAAAACAUUUUCAUAUUAAGAGUGUCUCUAUUUGGAAAUAAAUAUGCUUAAUCUUUAUAGAAGAUAGUGGGCUGUACUAGGUCAAUUUCUUUUUGCUAUUAUUCCUGGUUGCAUCUUAGUUUGUUCCCAAUAAAAUCUUGUGAAAGAGA